AUGUCUGGCCUUCGCUGUCCUUUCUCCAAAAUAGUCGACUCGCAUCUCGAUGAGGAGGGAGCCCUUCGGAAAAUCUGGUUCAGCACCGAUAGCGCUAUGAAAACAGCUCAAGGUCCAGCCAUGUCCAGCCUGCGCUGUAUUUCUCCGCAAAUCUGGUUCUUCAAGAAGCAUGAGGAAGGCACUUCCGUCUCUCGAAAUACAAUACUUGACGUGUUAUGUCCAGGUCGUCGGCAUCUAUAA